AUGAAUAAAAAAAUAGUAGAAUUAAUAGCUUUUUUAGUUUUUUCCAUGUUUUUAAAUAUAGUAUUCUCACCUAUCAAAUUCAUUUUUUAUUUAAUUUAUUAUUCAAUCUAUUCAAUAAUGAUUGGUAUAUUAUUAGUUUCAAUUCUUUGUUUAGGUAUUCUAAUAGAAGACCUUAUUAGAUUAUUUGUAAUUAUUGGUAAAGAUGUAGUUACCAUUUUUAUAAAUUCAAUAAUUAGAAAAAAAAAUAGUAGCAAUAAUAAUAACAAUAACAAUAACAAAAAUACUAAAAAAAAUAAAAUUAUUCAAGAAGAGUUCCAAAAAGAAAACAUUAAAGAACAUGAUCAUAUUCAUUUUGACACCGAUGAAAAUUACGAUCCAAACAAAAUCAUAUAUGAUCAAGAUCUUGGCUUCACAGAGCAAUUGAUCAAAUUUAAAAGUGAAGCAAAAAAGAUAGUAUAUGAUACAGAUAGAGGCUACGAAUUAAUCCAUGGUUUAAUCAAACAUGUCGAUUGCUUUUACGACUAUAGCUUCCAUUUGAUUAAAAAGAGAAGAUCAUAA